UGCACACAUUAUUAAUAAUUAUAAUAUUAACUGCUAUGGAAGCUUAUUAAUAUGAGACCAAUAUUAAUACAAUCAUCAUCAUCAUCAUCAUCUUCAAUAUCAUCAUCAACAAAUAAUUUAAAUAAUAUUCAAUCAACACAAUUAUUUUCAUCUAAUUUAAAUAUUUGUGAUAACAAUAAUAAAAAUAAUUUAAUUGUAAUUAAUAAAAAUAUAUCAGGUGCCGAUGAUAAUUUUAGUCAUAGUCGUGAAUUAAAUAAAUUUAACAAUAAUAAUAAUAGCAAUUUAAAUGAUAAUUCAAGAUUAGAAAUUUAUUGUACUUUAAGACCACCAAUAUCAACAACAUCAUCAUCACAACAAGAAAGACAACAAAUGCAUCAUAUACAAAAACAACAUUUACCACAAAAACAACAACAAAAUUUAUCAAAUAAUAAUUUAAAAUUUAAGGAUAAAAAAAUUUCAAAUUGUCAAACGAAAAUAAGAAGAAACCAUCAGGAAGAAUUUGAAAAUUCUUCUAAAAUAAAUGAUAAUAAUCAAUAUAGUGAUCAAAAUUGUUAUGAUGAUAAUAAAACCGAUAGCGAUGAUUACGCAGAUAAUUUAAAACUUUUAGAUAAUACCAAAAAAGAAUCCACAAUGUUGAGUCAAAUAAAAAGAGAAGAUCAACAUGAAUUUGACCAAAAUGAUGUAAGAAAAAGUGAAAAUCUUAAUUUAUAUAGUAGCAAUAAUAGUAAUACAACUAAUAAUACUAUUGUUGAUUAUGACAAUAAUAAUCGUGAUAGUGACUAUAAUAAUGAAAAUAAAGAAAUUUAUUGUUCAACAGCAUUUUUAAGAUUAAAAGAUAACGACAAAAAUGUAGUUAAAUUACCAUAUCCAGUACAAGAUUCAUCAUCAUCAUCUGAUGAACAAACAACAACAUCAUCAAUAUAUCCAUUAACGGAUCAACAUACAAAAAGUCCAUUAGAUUUGUUAAGUUAUUGUACUAUGAGUAAAAAAUUAAAACAAAUGAUAGCACCAUCAUCAUCAUCAUCGUCAUCAAAUAAUUAUCAUCAUCAUCAUAAUAUCAAUAAUAGUAAUAGUUAUUGUGAUUUAUCAUCAUCAUCAAAUUCAAUAACAAAUUUACCUUAUCAUAAAUUAAAAGAAUCUAAAAUUGAUUUAAUGGCUGAUGAAUUAAAAAAUUCAAUUUCUAUUUCAACUUUAACAUCAAAUUAUGGUUUAUCAAAUAAUCUUUCAACUGAAUCAUUAAAAAAUGCCUGUGAUUGUUAUGAUUUAACUGAAGAUGAUGAUUAUGAAGAUAAUACUGCCAAUAGAAAUGAAUUUUUAUUAAAUAAUAGUUUAAAUGGAGAAAAUUCUUUAAAAUCAAUAGAUAAUGAUAAACUCAGUAGUAGUCAUCAGCGAAAAGAAGAACAACAAAAAGCAUUACAAUUGCAAACAAAAGUCUCAUCGAAAAUUAUUAAUAAUAAUUGUCUAUUACAAAAACUUGAAAAUCGUUUAAAUGAAUUGAAAAAAUAUGAAAAAAAUUCGAUUUUAAAAUCAAAUCAUUUAUCAAAAAAUCAUCUGAAAUCGCAAUCAUUGGAUCGUAAAAGAAAUUCAUCAAAUUAUAGAACAAAUAAUAAUAAUCAGUUGAAUAGGUUAACGAACAAUAAUGAUUUAACAAUUAUUCAUCCAUCAUAUUGUACAAUGAAACGUGAUAAAAAUGCAAAUGUCGCAAAUUUAACAAAUAAACAAAAUUUAAAUUUGAAAAUGAAUGAUAAUGAACUUGAAAAUAAUAUUUCAUCAGCAUCUAGUAUUCCUAUUACAACACCUUCUAUUAUAAGUACUAAUACAAAUAAUAAUAAAAAUCCAAUUAAUUGCAAUGAUGAUACAAUAGAGAAUAAUUACAAUGAUAAUUCCGUUAAUUUGCAAUUACAAUCACAACAACAGCAACAACAAUAUGCUUCUUUAACAACUGAAGCUUUUAAUAUAUUAAAUGAAUUAGAUGAAAUUUUAGCAAAUACAGAAAUAACAACAUCUUCAUCAGAUGAUGAUGAAUUAGUUUAUAAUAAUAAAUUCGAAUUUGAUUUUAAUAAUAAAAAUCAAGAUAAUCAUAACAAUUUAUUAUUAUUAGAUGAUGGUAAAGGAUCACCAAUACAAAGUGAAACAACAACUGAAAAAAUUGAAGAAUGCCUAUUUGAAUUAGAUGAAUAUUUGGAUGAAAUUGAUCGACAAACACCAAAAUUAUAUCGUGAUUCAUCAGAAGAUGAUUAUUUAAAUGAUAACAUCGAAUGGAUGGAUGAUGAUGAUAAUAUAUUAUAUUGUAAUCAAGAAACAUUAAAAAGAUCAAAAACAUUACCAAAAAAAUUACUAAGAAGACAAUUUUCAUCAUCAAAUGGAAGUCCUAAUAAUACAAACGAUAAUAAUAAUGAUGAUGAUCUUAUUAGUAUUGAUUAUAAUUAUAAUAGUAGGAAUAAAAAUAAGAAAUUCAUGACAAUAGAUCGUAAAAUUGAAUUAUUACAACGUGGUCAUAUCUUAAGGAAUACAAUAGCUGGUUUAAGACAUAAGAUUGCAAAAGUGAAAUUAAAACAAAAUGAUUCAAUUGAAACGAAACAAUUUUCAAAUAAUGCAGCACAAUCCAAUUUAUGUGAUCGUUCAAAGAAUGAUUCUCCACCUAAUUCACCUACAAUUAACUCUAGGAAAACAUGGCGUAGAAAUUCGAUGCGUAAAACUUCUUUAAUUAAUCUUCCUGAUAAUUGUCAAACUUCACUUCCUUUACCAUUUCUUCCACCACCACCAGCAGCUCCUUCCAGUUCCUUAACAAUUUCAAAUAAUAAUAACAAUAUUGAUUUAGAAAAUAAUUUAAAUAAUUCAUUAAUAAGAGAUAGACAGCAGCAACAUAUUCAAAUUGAUAAUAUAAUGGAUAAUUUGAAUGAAACAACAACAAUUGCAAAAUCUGAUUUAUCAACAAAUUCAACUCCAAAUCAUCGAUAUAUGAAUUCUUCAAUAAAUGAUGAUGUGAGUUUUUCUGAUAUUCGACGAACCUUAUCGCAUAAUGAUUGUAGGCAUCAACAGCAAAUACAAACGCAACCAUUAGAUAAUUUAAAUAAUUUAGAUUUAGUACACGAUAUUCUAAAUAAUGCAACUUUACAAGACUACUCCAAUAUAAACAAUAACGAUAAUAUAGGUGCCACUAGAAAUAGAGAAAAUUUAAAUUUAAUUGAACAACAACAACAGCAACUUGAAUCACAACAACCAUAUCAGCAACCGCAAAGACCAAGACAACUUGGUAGACGGGCAGAAGGACAUCCACGAAUUCUUUCAAUAACAACAGAAACUACAAAUACAGGACAACGAAUUAUUGUUAAUCAUGAUCGACCAGUAAGUGCACCAGCAGCAAUAACAUCUGGUCGAAGACAAGUACAAAACAUUGCAUCACAUUCCCAACAACAUCAACAAUCGAGAUUUAUUGGAUCUGAAGCUAGCUCUAUUGGUUCAUCUAGAAAUCCUAGUCCAGUUUCAAUUAUAUCAAGUACUGGUUCAAGUUCUCUAAAUUCAACAAAUACUGAGAACCAUACAAAUUCUGAAGAAGAUCGUCAUCACACACAAGCCAGUAAUGCUACUACAAAUGGAACAUCGUCUGCUGCACGUACAUCUCCAUUAGAUCCUGAUUUAAAUUUUCAAUUACACACGAAUACUGGAAUCAACGCAUUUUGGCCACAUAGUUUUAGUCGUAUAUUAGCGUUACUAUGCUGCACUUUAGGUCUAUUCAAUAUUUCAAGAUUCUCAGUUCAAACUGUGCAUUAUGGUGGUAAUUUCCUAAUACAGUUCCUUAUACUUUCUAUAAUUUUUGGUAUACCUAUGUUUUGGUUACAAAUGUGCCUUGGUUCGAAAAUUCGUAGUGGACCAGUUUCUAUGUGGAAAAUAAGCCCAAUUUGUCGUGGUAUCGGUAUAUCACUAUGUUUAGCACAAUGUGUCAUAGCUUUAUAUUCGACAAUAAGUUUAGCAUGGAUUUUAGUAUAUUUUCGCGAUUCAUUUGCCAAAAAAGAUGAAUAUUAUAGAUGGCAAGAAGCAUUCUACAUAUAUCGAAGGCAAUCAACAAAUUUUACAACAACUAAUUUAACUGAAACAAUUGCUGAUUAUUUUAAUGGUAUUGUUUUACAAAGAUGGCAACUUGGUUUAGGCAGACGAAUAGAGACUGGAGGUGUUAGAUUUCAGCUGGCGUUUAAUUUGGCAAUAAUAUGGGCAUUAGUUUUUAUAAUAUUAUGUAAAGGAUUAAAGUCAUUUGGAAAAAUUGUUUUAAGUUUAACUGUAAUACCUCUAGUCUUAUUUUUUAUAGUUACAUGCCAAUUAUUAUACAUAAUAGAUUUUUCUUCAGUCCAGAACAUAUUCUCAGCUUCAGAUUUUGAAGCAUUCCUUGUUAAUUCGAAAACGUGGAUAGCAGCGGCUCAAGAGACAUUCCUUACAUGGGUGUUGUUAAGUCCUUCAGUUAUUUCCAUUACAAGUAGAUCAAAUGAAAAGGAUAUUAGUAAAACAAUAUUACGUCGCGAUGCUAUAAUUGUUGUACUUUUAACGCUUUUUGGAUUAAGUUUAGCAGCAGUGUUUGGAUAUGCUUGUAUACAAAUUCUUCAAAACUAUGAUUAUUUUUAUUUACCAGGUUCUUAUGAAAACAUGGAUUCAUAUUUAUUCUUAUUCAAUCAAAAAAAUCAAAACUCUCCCAAUUCAGUUCCAAUGAAAUGGAUACCACACUAUUCAUCAGUUUUGGGUGAAACAUAUCGCCGGCAGUCAUCGGCCUCACAGCUGCGUGAAAGUGGUUAUGAACCUUUACGAUUGUGUACGGAAUUAUUUCCAGCAGUUGUCGCAGUUGCUCAAGAUCAAAUAUCAUCGGCAUUCACAGUUUUAGGGUUUUUAGCUUUUCUAUUUUUCGGUUUAGCUCAAUUGUGCGCAAUUUGGAAACCAAUUUCAAGUGCUCUUGGAAAUUCUUCAAGUUCAGUACUACUAAGUUGUGUUACUGGUUUGUUAUUGGGAAUACCAUUUGCAACUGAAAUGGGCUUGUCAAUAAUACAUUAUUUAGAUCUAGUUAUUGGUGGUGCUUGGUGGUUGCCUAUUUUAUGGACUGCUGAAAUUUUUGGUGUGUUCUUAAUACGGGGUCGCCCAUAUAAUGGAGAUUUACUAGUGAACGAUCUGAAAAUGGCUGGUUCUAUGUCAGCAUUUUUAGCUUUAUCAUGGAAUGUUUUAUUACCGAUAGGUUUAGUUUCAUUAGCUAUUAUACAAUAUAAAGUGUCUGGUUCAAAUCAAUUUUAUUAUUGGCGUGGUAAAUCAUAUUUUAAUUUUUGGGCAAGGAAAGUUGGUGGACUUGUUCAAGUUGGAUUUUUACUAAUUGUACCAUUAGCAGCAAUAGUACAGAUUUAUCGUUAUUUAAACAAAGGUCCACCAGAUAUAUUAGAUAGAAUACAAAAUCUUUAUCGACCAAAUCAAUCACCAGCACCCAAUAGAAGACCGCGACCAGUUAUUAAUCGACCUACAUCCGGUCAAUCUACUGCCAUUUCAAAUACAAAUAAUAAUGGUAGUGCAAGUAUAGAGUCACAAAAUGUUCAGGAUGAUGCUCCUCCAAAAUAUACUCCGCCACCAUCAUAUACUACAGCAACUGGUGCUCGACUAGCCAAAAUAUUUAGACAAAGUAUACGAAGAAGUGUACGACGAAUUCUUGGAGAAUCAAGCCGUACUCGUCCCAUACUUCAUACAUCACCAACUAUUGAAAAUCAUUUACCACCAGAAUAUUCAACUGUAUUAACUGAUCCGGCAGGUUUGAGUGGCAUCGAGAAUGAUAAUAUUGAAAUUGGACCACGUGUACUUUAUAAUAGCAAUACAAAUCGAAAUUUAUCUUCACUUGAACGUCAACGACGCCGUUUUACUGACACAAAUAUUGAAAUAAUAAAUCGUAAUCAAACGCACAACAAUAGUAAUAGACCAAAUUCAGCUGAGCAAACAACUGGUUCAACUACAUCUACAAAUAGAUUAAAUAUAUUACCAUUUUCUGCAUCAGAUGUUGCUCAAGUGUUACGCACAAAUCGACACGAGAGAAGUGCAUCAGCAUUAGCAACACGUGUUGUUGAUCAUGCUCUACGUUCUUCAUCACUUCGUUGUAAAUCAUCUCGUUCUGUUGAAAAUUUAGUUUUAAAUGCUGCACCAUUAGGAGAAAGUAGUGCUAUUGCUUUAAAUUAUCAACAAGGUGAUGAAAGUCUACAGGACAACAAUUAUGAUAAACGAAAUAAUGAAGAAAGAACAUCUGUAAUUUAGGGCAGAAAUGCAAGCAAAAUAAAAAUAUAAAAUUGUAGUAAAUUUAUUUGUUUUAAGAAAUUGUUACUUUUACAAAUUAAAUUUGAAAAUAAAUUAUUGUAUUAAAUAUUUUAAGUAAUUAAAUAACAAUUUCAGUCUAUGAAGUUUUAUGGUUGAACACAAAUUUUAAUAAUAAUUACAAAAAAUUAACAAAUAUGUACACAGAAAUUAAAUAUUAAAUUCAGCCAUAAUUUAUUUGCCAGAAUGGUAACUUUAUAUAAUAAUGAAAAUUAAACAAUUAAGAAGUUUCCCUUUUUUAACUUACUAUUGUUAAAAAUUAUAAUUAAUUUGAUUAUGUAAAUUAUAAUUAAUUUCUAUAUUCUAUAUACAGAAAUUAUUUGUAGAUAUUUAUAAAAAAAUUAAAUAGAAAAAUUAAAAUAAAUAUGAUUUACCUAUAUGGCACCCCUGAACUAGAAUUAAAAUCUUAGACUAUAAGAAGAUUCAAAAUUAAAAACAAAAUUCUAUGAUCUAUAAACCGUCCAUAUUCAAAAUACAUGCAUAUAAUAAAAUUAAUAAUUUCAUUAUAAUAUUAAAAUUAAUAUUUUAUGUAUAUAAAUUAAUAAUAUUGUAUAAAUUACAAAAAAAAAAAUACAAAACUUUUAAAGCAAACUAGUUAACAAAUUAACGAUGUUAUUAGUUAUUUUAAAAAACAAAAUGUUGAGAACAAAGUAGA